AUGUUGGAGUUAAAUAUUUCACUUUUAGUAUUGAUAAGUGUAUUCGUUAUUUCAAAUGGAAGUUUAGUUGUAGAUAUGGCUAAGAGCCGUACUUUUGACCAAGAUCUCUAUAACAGAGUAUUAGAUUCUGAAGAAUGUGAGAAGCAAAUGAUAUUUUUGAAGAGCAACGAUACACGUUUGUAUGGACGAUUCCUGGAUACAGGAAUGAGAACACCAAGAAGUUUGUCAAAGAUGAAUAGCGUCGAUCUUGGUGAUUACCAUGCUUGUCUUGAAAUAGUAGAAACGAGGGUAGAUAUGAAUAUCCAAGGAAAGUAUUGCUUUCUUCAAAUACCUUUAGAUCAAAAUUUGAAGUUGCCGUUUCCGGAAGAAGAAUUUUUUGGUUACGGGAUAAUUUCUGAAGCCCAAAUUAUCAAUUGGGCUUUCGCAGUUGGAAAUAGAAAUAACUUAAUCCGUAGCGAGGCUGGUGAUGCUACGUCACAGGGUUCACUAAGUGUUGCUAUUUGUAUACCCAAAGUUUGCACCUCGCAAGAAUUUACAAAUCGACAUUUCAAUUUGAGUGCCGUAGGUUUCAAGUUUGAGGAACAGUUUUGUCGUCUGCCUAAUGAUAAACCUUGGGUGCCCGUUGACUACGUAACUAUCGCAAUUUUCUCUUUUAUUGCCCUCUUAACAUUACUUGGAACUUUAUACGACGUUAUCCACACAUUCGUCCUAAAAACGGAUAAAAACAGCACUAACAUCUACAUCCGUAUGUUCUCUAUUUACACAAAUUCUCGCCGCCUUGUGACGUUUGUUCCAAACCCGAACGCGCUUGAUUGUUUAGAUGGCGUCAGAUCUCUAUCCAUGUUGUGGAUCAUCUUGGGUCACUCCUACUCCAUGCCCAACUUCAAUUUGAAUCUCAUAGAUGGAUUGCAGUGGGUAAAUUCAGUAAGCGCUGUUUGGAUAUUUACGGCUCUCUUCGCUGUGGAUACUUUCUUUUUUAUGGCAGGAGUUUUGCUUGUCUACACUUCCGUUGGAAAGAUGUCCGGAACUAAAUUUCUGAAAAACUUGCAUGUAUUCUACUUAAAUCGUCUUCUACGAAUGUUCCCGCUAUUAGCUGCGCUAAUCCUUCUAGAAGCUUCUGUGUUCCAUCGCAUGGUCGAUGGUCCGUAUUGGGUUGCAGUUGCCCGCAACGCAGAAAGAUGUCGAACUUACUGGUGGACAACAUUGUUACAUGUUCAGAAUUAUGUCAACCCAAGUGAUUUGUGUAUAGGACAUUCUUGGUAUAUUGCAAUUGACAUUCAGCUCCACAUUGUAUCACCACUUGUAUUAUUUUGGAUCAUCGGGAACAAUAAGAAGGCAGCAUGGUCGGCUCUUAUUACUGCAUUUCUAACAAUCUUUGUUGCAUGCACAUUAUGGAAUGCUCUGAGGGAAAUGCCCGGUGGUUCAACAAUAGACAACUUUGAUAUGGAUUUCUACAUGAAAAACUUCUACUACAAUACAUUAACACGAGGUUCACCAUUCUUCGUUGGCAUGAUCGUUGGCUAUGUCAUCUACAUUUACAAAGGAACGGAAAUUAAGCUUAACAAGUACUUCGUGCUGAUUUCCUGGACAAUAGCUCUUGGACUCAUCGCAGUUUGCUUCUAUACCUCUUACCUAGACAGGCAACCCGCCCGGGGCAACCAGGAUUGGUUCCGUCAAAGAACUUCUGUAAUGCGAGUUAUAUGGUCUAUAGGACUAGGUUGGAUUAUCUUUGCCUGUGCUAAAGGUUAUGGAGGUCCCAUAAAUUGGUUCCUAUCACUUUCACUGUGGAAGAUCCCUGCGAGAAUUUCCUACGCAAUGUACCUUUACCAUUACCCGAUAAUGUCUGUGGUUGCGGGUAUGCAGCUGUCGCCUCAGUACUUCAGCCAAGGCGCAAAGAUAUAUGACUUCAUGGCAAUAACGGUGAUAUCUUUAUGGGUUUCAUAUGCUGUUACUGUCGUUAUCGAUGCGCCUUUUUCAUCAAUUAUCAAAAUGGUUUUAGGAGGAGGUCAAAGUAAACGGAGAAUGUCAACGGAAAAAGUUGCUGAUUCUUCAAAUUUAGGAACAUCAACCGGAAAUGUCGGAACGCUGUUAGAAAGUUACACUAAUAGGCGUAGACCAAUUUUGGAGAACAACCAUUUAGGUGUUCAGAAGAAUAAACAUGUAAACAUAAACAAGGAUCAAGGAAGAAAUUUGUCGUGA